CUACCCACUCCUGCUUUUCGCCUCAGUGAUUCAUGAUCAUGAUGUCUCUGAUUUCGACAGUUUCAUUCUACUUUGCAUUCGAUAUUCUCCGUCAGAGGGGUUUUCCGUAGAAUUUUAUGCUGCAGCUGCAACCUACAACGAUUUGAAUACUACCUAUUGACAUCACAUUUACGAAGCAUCAAGCUGCAAAGCAAACUGCAGCAGGAAAGUCCGACCGCUACAAAUGCCGCUGAUAAUAAUUUUCAGGGUUUAACUUAGCCUCGAAAGACCCCUGUUUUCUCCUCCAAAUGCAUUAAAGAUCCCGCAGUUGUCCCAACUCCAUCUUGUAAAGUCAACUUCCAACACCAACACUCCAUCUUCCUAUUUGAGUUGAAUUCCGAGCAGAAUCUACUCUUCAUCAAGCAGGGCAUCGGUGACAACAUUCAAAAGCCAUCUUUUGUACAGCUCUAAGUUCCUAUUCACCAUUUCCUCUUUCCGUCCGCAUUCGCAUUUGCGUUUCCCACCUUUGCAUGCGAGCCUUCCAAUUUCUGUCGUGUACACUGCCGCCAUUCAAGAACAUUCUCCUCCUUGCGAUGUGUUAGGUGACACGCCGAGCCAUCUCCGAUAUGCCUCCUUCUGGCAAGAACCACAUUGGUCUUGAUUUCACCAUGUCGCCAAAUAUUCCACCCGAAUCGAGGGAGUCGUCAGCUCCACCCUCACCUACAGCGAUGAGAACUCUCCAGAGAUCGAUAAGUAACCUCUCCGACGAGCGAACACCUUUGCUUCAAAGUGCUGGGCGCUCUCGCAUACGUCUUGGUGGUGCCACAGAAACCAACCGCCCAUAUCUAUCAAGUCAUCACAGCUUCUCUGGUAAGUUUUAGUUUUACCGCAGAUUUCCAAACUUCUGCUUUCCUCUAUACUGCUGCGAACGGGGCUAACGAUAUAUCAUCUACAGGUAGUUUACGUGGCAGUCGACACCAUAGUCGUGCCGGAUCCUUGGGCCAACGUUUAGUCACUGCCCUAACCUCGGAAAGACAUGGACCCAAAGACCACAUGCGAGAGUCUAAAAGCAUGUUGGCCACGGACGACAGAGUUUGGUAUGAUCAAUUUACAUCAACGGAUUGGGUUCAUGACAGCAUUGCGGAUGCAUACCGAGUGAAGGGUCUUCGAAGUAGAAAAGAUAUUCGAGGUCGGAUCAAGGCGUUCUUCGAUGGCACACAAGGUUGGAUACUAAGCGCACUAGUUGGAUUCAUUACAGCCACGAUAGCAUAUACCGUCGACGUUUCGGAGACUCCAAUUUUUGAUUGGAAAGAUGGCUAUUGUCAUGAUGGAUUUUUCAUAAGUGAAAAGGUUUGUGGCAUUCCCGGCAUUUUCUUUCAUUAUCUGACAAGACUUUUUGAACUGGCCCAUCAAAGCUUGCAAUUCAGAGUCAGCUACGUCAAGUAGUUGAAUACAUUAAUUUUCCAGAAGUAUUAGGUGAUAGGUAUGCUGACCACACAUUUAGAGAUGCUGCCCUGAUGGAAGCCAUUGUGAUGCUUGGAAAUCUUGGUCCAAUUAUGUUGAAAUACCAUUUUUCAGUGAAGAGAUCACAGAGUUUUUUAUUUACGUUCUCCUUGUAGUCGCUUUCGCAACGGCAUCAUGUCUUUUGACCUUAACUACCAAAACGGUUGUGCCAUCAACAUAUCAACUAUCUACAUUGGAUGAGAAUCUCGGUGCUCUUAGUCGACAUGAUUCCCAGGCGCCGGUCGAUGGUAAUGCCAGUCCGAAGAACAAGUUGGGAUCCGAGACAAAUGCUCCCAUGAUCUAUUACUCUGCCGCUGGGAGUGGAGUGGCUGAAGUUCGCGUAAUACUGAGCGGUUUUGUUUUGCAUGGAUUUCUUGGCUUCAGGACCCUUCUCGUCAAAACGCUUGCUCUGAUAUUAAGUGUAGCAUCUGGACUGAGUUUAGGAAAGGAGGGCCCUUUUGUACACAUUGCAACUUGUGUGGGUAACAUCGCAUGUCGUCUGUUCUCUAAAUACGAUGAUAACGACGGAAAACGCAGAGAAGUCUUGUCUGCGGCUGCGGCUGCGGGUGUUGCAGUAGCUUUUGGUGCUCCUAUCGGCGGUGUUCUUUUUUCUUUGGAAGAAGUCGCGUACUUUUUCCCUGCUAAAACACUAUUUCGAACCUUCUUCUGCUGCAUCACCGCUGCACUGACGUUGAAAUUUCUCAAUCCUUAUGGCACCAACAAGAUUGUCAUGUUUGAAGUUCGCUACUUGACGGACUGGGAAUUCUUUGAACUUGGCGCUUUCAUCAUGGUAGGCGUACUUGGUGGCAUAACCGGUGCAACAUUCAUCAAGGCAUCUAGGUCCUGGGCCCAGUCUUUCAGGAAGAUUGAAAUUGUAAAAAAGUGGCCGCUGUUCGAGGUCAUGCUGGUUGCUCUACUUACAGGUCUCGUUGGCUAUUGGAACCCGUAUACCAAAAUUCCAGUGGCCAAAUUAUUGCUCAACCUAGCUAGCCCUUGUGAUACUGAUAAGUCAGAUAGCAUGGGUCUUUGCCCAAAUAGCAUUGAUGAGAUUUUCCCCAUCAUUGGUCAAUUGACUAUUGCAUUUUUCAUUAAAGGGCUUUUGACCAUCAUUACAUUUGGCAUUGUAAGUUCGUCUUGUUUUCAGCUUGAUAAUGAUGAUUACUGCAUCUGGUCAUCCAUCCAUCCCAGACAGUAUGACCAUCCACUAACACAGUGCCACAGAAAGUACCUGCAGGUAUAUAUGUCCCGUCCAUGGUUGUAGGCGGCCUACUUGGCCGAACUGUCGGCCAUUUGGUACAGUGGCUCGUACUACGAUUUCCCGAUGCUUCCAUAUUUGGGAGUUGCGCUGCGCACGAGAGUGGAACAUCAUGUAUUACUCCAGGGGUUUAUGCCCUCAUUGCUGCUGGUUCCACAAUGUGUGGUGUAACAAGGUUGUCUGUGACCUUAGCAGUCAUUCUAUUUGAACUGACGGGUAGUCUUGACUAUGUUUUACCUUUUUCACUCGCUGUAUUGGUCUCAAAAUGGACAGCGGAUUUCAUGGAACCUCUCAGCAUAUAUGUAAGGAUCAAAUCAUAAUAAAGAAGGACAGAAGACGAACUAACUUAUCAGGAUUUAUUGACGAAUUUGAACGCCUACCCAUUCCUCAACAACAAGCAUAAACCAGUUUUUACCUCUGAUCUUGCAGACAUUGUUCCACGAGUUCGGAGAGAAAGAGUAAUUGACAUCUCCGUCUCCCCCAUGAUUCCUGCUAGCAGUCUGCGUCAGAAGCUCGAACUUCUGCACCAGGCAGGCGAAGUCGAUGGUGGAUUGCCAAUCAUUAGGGAUGAUGUUCUUGUUGGUCUGAUACCAGCACCUGAUUUAGAAUUUGCUCUUGACAAUCUUGAUAAUGAGCCAGGUACCCUGUGCCUCAUGGCGGCCAUCAACAACUAUGAUGAGCCGGAUGGAGAAGAGCAUGUUGAUCCUACUGACUUUACGCCUUACAUUGAUCCUGUAAGCUACACCUGGUUGCCUUUUAUCCUCGGAACACCGCUGAUGACAAACAAAUAGGCACCGGUAGCUUUGGAUAUUCGUUCCCCGAUGGAUUUAGUGUACGAAUGUUUUGUGAAACUUGGCUUGAGGUAUGUUUGUGUGUUGAAGGACGGUCGGUAUGCCGGUCUGGUAAGAUCUCCCUAACCUUCACACAUUCUAUAUUUAAGACACCUAACCAUUUUCUAGACUCACAAGAAAACUUUUGUAAAGUACAUGCGAGAAUUGGAAGAAAGAGAUGAGCAUAGUUGAUUUUAUGGUAGUAUUGAAUUGUGUUUUAGCGUCAGGAAUAUCAAUUGGGCGGCGUCUUGAUCUAUUUUGAAGGAGUUUGAAUAUCCAAUACCCUGGUGUACUUCAUAGAGCAUUGGCAUUAGCGUUGAUUUCGAUUUUGCAGGCCGGCCUAGGAGGCUUUUUUCGCAGAGGAAGUGAGUAUAAAGUCAGUCAUACGUCAGACAUAAUCUUUAUCUUUAUCAUCUUGAAUU